UCUUCUUCCCCACUGCGACACUCCCAUGCGACCUCGACGAGCCAGUACUUUUCAGAAUAUCGCACUGGAGAGAGAGAGAGAGAGAGAGAGAGGUGCUUAUGGACGAUUGACGCUGCUUCAUUUCUAUCUCUUCGAAAAACUAAAAUGAACCACCACCUCCGUCAUCACAAUCACCACCGUGAUGCCACCAAGCGCUGUGGACCCAAACCCCUGGACACAUCCAUCACACUGCAGGCAGGCCAAGUGGUCUUCCGGCUCCUAUGUCACGUGAUCAACGCUGGGGGAGUCAUCGGAAGCUCCGGUGCAAUCGUCAAACGCUUGGAACACUUAACCGGUGCGAAAAUCUUGGUGGAGGACACGAUUCCGAACUGCCACGAACGGGUCAUCAAUAUCAUCGGCGAUGCAGCCAUUGACAAGAAGAUUGCAGUUGAUGUUCGAGACGAGAACUUGAUAGAAGGAUGUGAAGAGGUGUCGCAGGCACAGGAGGGGUUGAUUAGGGUUUUCGAGAGGGUUUUGGAGGUGGAAAGGAAUAAUGGUGGGGUCAUUGGCUGUAAAUUGCUCGUGGGUAAUGGGCAAAUUGGGGCGGUAAUGGGGAAAGGAGGACGAAUUAUUUCUGAGAUUCAGAAAACUACGGGGGCAAAGAUUCGUGUCUUGAACAAAGAGCAGGUUCCAGUUUGCGCAACGCCAGAGGAGCGAUUGAUCCAGAUAAUGGGCGGCAUGGUUUCUGUAAAGAAGGCUUUGGUUGCUGUUUCCUGCCGUUUACAAGAUCGCACACCAAUAGAGAGUGCAGUGGUACACUGUGGAUCUUUAUGUAAUCCAUGCACGGCCUAUUCCCCUAGUAAUUCUGUUGACCAUUCUUUGAUUGGGCUAUCAUUGUCAGCUGACGUUGACAGAGUCCUUACUUUGGAUAAAGACAGUGGGCAACAAGAAGUUGUGUUUAGAUUGCUCUGCUCUACAUUGACAGUUGGGGGUCUAAUUGGCAAGGGUGCAACCAUAGUCAAAUCUUUAGAGAAGGAAACAGGUGCUUCUAUAAAGAUUCCAGCUGCUGUACCUGGGUCAAAUGAGCGUGUUGCCACUAUUGCUUCAUUGGAGAAUCCUGAACAAUUGUACUCGCCUGCUCAAAUUGCCAUUGUUCGUGUUUUUGCUAGAUCCAUUGAGGUUGGCUUUGAUCACCGGCUCAUAUCAGGCUUGGGUAAGGGGGAAACUAUAACUGCAAGACUUCUUGUUGCGUCAAACCAAACCAGUUGCCUGAUUGAUGAAGGAGGAAGCGUUGCUUCAGAUAUAAGUACUCUAACUGGUGUUGAAAUACAGCUACUGGGAGGGAACUUUAUUCCAAGUUGUGCCACGGAGAAUGAUAGAGUUUUGCAGAUUAUUGGUGAAUAUGAGAAUGUAAAGAGUGCUCUAUUUGAAAUUACCGGUAGACUGAGGAAUAAUAUUUUUUCCAGUCUGGUAUCUGAUAGAGCAGGAGUUGGGCGCUAUUCUUUCUCUGCAAUCCCUGAUAGGAUUCCCCAUGAGAGUGGGAACACUAUUUCUCCUGGAUCGGACCAGUUUUCAGGUCGGUAUCCUUUUCAUCAAGUGGAUCACCUUGGAUUUCUGCCCAAGUUCGGUGCUCCUCACUCCCCAAGGUUGCAGCCUUCACAGCUGAAGAAAAUGGCUAGAGGGGAAAGAAAACCACCAGAAGAUAGUGUAGGAGGCUUGACAACUUCUAAAGGUGGGCUUGAUCAUGGGAGCAUGGGUCCUGCUGUUGUAACAAAUAAAACUGUAGAGGUUGUAGUUCCUGAACAAGCUUUUGGCUCCAUCUAUGGUGAGAAUGGUAGCAAUCUGGCUCGUCUAAAAGAGAUUUCAGGUGCAACAGUAAUAAUGCAAGAUCCUCGCCCUGGUGAACAAGAUGGGAAGGUAAUCAUAUCCGGGGUGCCUGAUCAAAUCCAGGUUGCAGAGAGCCUGCUGCAAGCCUUCAUCCGAGUUUGAGCGUAAUUUCUAGAUUAUGGGUGUCAGCGCUUAGGAUUGUUAAAACAAAGUUGUUGUGCAGUUAGCCUUCUCCCCUCUAAUAGCAACUAGUGAUGGUACAGUUGUAAAGCUGCAGAAGUAGUUUGUUAGCAUGAUCAUUAGUCUGUGUAUCAAAAGGUCUUUUUACUAGGGACGAUCUAAAGAUUGAUAGGGAAUUACGCAUCUUUGUCAAACUUUUCUGCAAGGUGAACAGAGGUGGUGGUACGGAACAACAAUAUGAAUGGCCAUGUACUUGAAUGUGUGUAUGUUUUGAGUAACGGAAGGUCAAGGGACCAAGGUUUGGUACUGGUAGCCAAUAUGCAUUUAACAAAGAACAAUGCUGAUACUAUGUGCUAUGCCAUCUCAUUAUGAU